CUACGCUCAGCCUGCACUCAAAGGAAAAUAAAGUCCGCUCAGCCCCCUUGGCUUUCUUGAAAUUCUGCAUGCACCCCGGUCGAAGUCGGUUUGGUAGUGCCGAACCACGGCGCAGCGACCACACGAUUAACCUUAGCCCAACAAAAUAAAAAUGAAAAUUAGAGUGAGAGAGAGGCACACGAAAUUAACCGGAGCCCAACCCCUCCACGCCGGGCGCAACCUAAGAAGCAAACCACCGGCCAGGCCACAACCGCCGGCCAUGGAGCAGGCCCUCCGCGACCACGCGCCGGCCAGGGCGGCGGGGCGCAGGCCGACGCGGUUCACGGCUCUGGAGCUCGCGGCGGCCGAGCAGCUCCUCCACCUCAGCGAGAGCAGCUGCUCCUCGGGCGCUGCCUUCACGCCGCUAGGAUCGGGGACCGCCGCGUCGGCGGCCUGCUCCUCCUCCUCGCCUCGCUCCGUCAACGCUACGCCCGCCGCAACCGCGCUCGACCCCGUCGUCGGCUUCGGCGCGGAUCACGAGGAGGAGGACGACAAGCAGGAGGCGGGCGGGAGGCCGCGGGUGAGCAGGAGGUACCGCUCGGUAGCGGAGUUGUACGGCGCUACGGAUCCGGCUGGAGCGCGCCGGAGAAAGGGCAAGGCCGUCGCCGGCGACCCAAGGGAGGAGAGGAGGAAGUAGAAAGAGAUUAGAGGGUCACUCUUGCCUGUAAUUAUGGGCUGUUGUUAGCAGGGAGUAGUAGCCUGGGUAGAGAACGAAGAGAAGCUUUGCUUCUGCUUCUUCUCCGGUGUACGUAUGUGUAUCGCGUAGAUCAAGAAAUAAUGUUCUUCUCUUCACAGGAGGUAGAGUCACUAAGGUAGUUAGUUAGGAGCUUAAUCAGGUGUAAAUUAUUAUGCAUCAAGCUAGUCUUCAAUAAACCAGGAUGAAUAACUUGUGCUUGGA